ACAUGAGCUCGGGCUCCUAUUUCGAAGUAAAAUUGUAAUCCUAUAAUUUCUUGUUAUUCAGUGGAAGAGACUUGGUAAAAGAAUAUUUAUUAAAAAUGUUCCGGAAUCUAUGCAUGUUGCGCAAAAAUAUCCUCCUGUCAAGGAUUAUUUAUUCAAGUUACACAUUAAGGGCCAAUGUCAUCAGCUCGAAUCUUCAAUCCAAGACAAUGACAACUGAGUCCCGGGGUAAUGGCAUUUCGGUUACCGACAUUGAUGUAUGCGAUCUGGCCAAAGGUGACGUGGAGUUUACUCGCAAUUUUCUCACAACCUUUUCGACCAUAUCGCCUGUGAAAAUUGCGUUCAGCCCGGAACCGGCGGUUGAGUCAGAUGCCAUCGCUGAACCACCAAGUUCUGAUUCCGGUGGCUGUGGCAUUGGGGGUUCUAGCACUAGCAUCCUAGAUAAGGAUGGGAUGCCGAUUGUGCCCAUAGAGAUCGAUGGUUGGAAUCACCCCGACGAUGAGGACGAAGUGGGUCCAACCGUGCAGAAUAAUUCACAGCAUAUUGAAAUUGGAAAUGACAAUGAAUACAAAGCUGAGAACUUGCUUGUGGUGCCCGAGAAGCGAGAGGGGCACUUCGAGUACAAGGGCAUUAAAGUAAAGCUACCAGAGUCGGCUCACAAGGAUAUUGGCACCUAUCGUUUCCGUCGGGACCAGGAGGACUUGGAAACGGUUGCUGACGAUAUGCGCGUGGUCAAGUUUGACAAGAAAUAAUACUGUCUACCCUUUCCCAUACGGUCUGUGUAAUUUGCGAGUUUCAUUAUAGUUGAUCAUGUUAUAGCAUAAUAAAAUUUACUUUGGGAUAUUAAAUCGGA